AUGGACCUCAUACAGCAAAACACGCACACCGCCCUCUCCACAGCAGCAACAAGUCCCUCCGCCGAACUCAACGCAGGAAGACCACCCCUUCCACAAACAAUCUCCAUCCAUCCCCCCAACGCCUCCGCCGAAGCGGCGCAAAAUCUCGCUUACCUAACCUCCACAUCUUCCGUCGCAGCGCUGCAAACUGCAAUCUUCAAUGAGGAUUUCCGCGUAGGCCGGGGCCAAGCAACGCAUUUCGAUCUCGGCGUUGCAGGCGAGGCGACGCGUGCGUUUGCCGAUAUGGCGGCGGCGGGGUAUCGCGCGAUGGCGGGGCCGCUGGGGGUUUUCUACGAGGCGGUUGCGGGAGGGCAGGGGGGGAUUGAGCGGGUUUUGGCACGGGGGGAUGUGCGAAGUGCGGUUUUGGGGGAGGUGUUUGGGGGAUUUGGAUUGGGGGAGGGGGCGCUGCGUGAGCUGGAUGGGAUGGUGAGGGGAUUCUUUGCUGCGCUUGGGGGUGUGGUGUUUGAUGAUACGCAGGGUGCAACGGUUGAUUUUGCGGUUCGUGUUAAUUAUGUUGUGCGCGUUGAGGGCGAGGGGGAGCAGGACGUGGUGUAUCAGCCGCGGACGCGGGUGGUGUGGGUGAAGGUUGAUGCUGGCUCAUACGUGUGGGCGAUUGGUGAGGAAGGCGCGGAGAGCGCGGCGUUCAAGAUGCGCUAUGCUACAUAUGAUUUCUUGUUGCAUGUGGAUCGGUUUUUGGCGUCGAAGGAGAGGUUCGAUGUUGUAUUUCAGGGGUUGCUUGGUGAGGAUAUCGCGUCGUAUGGUGGGAAGAUUGAUCGUGUUGUUGUGAAUAGGUGA